AUGAUCGCGGUGCGUCAACAUGGCAUAGAUGUGACAGCACCCAUAAUCGCCAUCUCGUACAGCAAGGAUAAGACAAACAUCAUACAUGGCAGAGCUUUAGAAGUGAUGUGUAUACCGCUCAGCUUUGCCUGCAAACACCGUCACCCCAUCACCACCACAGACCAUCUAGCGUUUGCCGUCGCGAACGACCUUUUACCGCAAGAUCCACAGACUUGCAAGGAUUAUGGGUUUGAACGUGCAUUCACGGCGGAGAACUGGUCCAAGCUUCUUGGCUUGUAUAUUGGACUAGUGCGACACUUAGGAAUCCCCCCAAAGACCAUCAAUGAUUGGCGGGUCAGCGGCGUACUUGUAGAAGAGAUCAAAGCAGCGUACUACAAGAUCCCCGCCGAAUCCAGAGGCAGUUACUUCCCUUGGUUCUUGCAGAACCAGCACAUUCUUGAUCCGUUUGCCGUUAUCGUUAGCCAGUCGAAUGACGAAGGGGAUGCCAUGGCCAUAGUUCUGCGCGCAUGGCGCUUUACCGGAGGCGCAGAAACAGACUCGCCUGCGGACAUACGAGCCCGCAUAGCUAGCAUGCCUCAGGACAGGCAAUCAUGUCAUUUGUUCUAUACGAUGCUCUUGAGCAAAGUGCAUCCUGUACCGUUCGAUGACUUCUGGAUUCCCUUCGGUCUCUGCUCAUGCGCUUGCAAAGAGGAGGAGAUGUAUUUGGGCGAACAUUAUCAGGCCCUCAUUACCAGAUGCACAUUCGACGAAUUCUGUAAUGCCUUCCGCUCUGCACGUAUUCCUGAUCUCUUCCGCAAGAAUGGAAUUAACGUGGAUCUUCGCUACCUUGCGGACGUCUUGCAAAACUACCGUAUGCGCAAGUCUGUCUGGGACCUCAAGCAGUCUGUCAUCCAGACUGAUGGACAAAAUUCGGAGAAUAGAAUCGCGAUUUCUGUUGUGGUUGAUUAUGGGUUCAUGAAUUGCAAGAAAGAUGCUGAGAUACGGGCGCUAAAGAAAAUUUAUAGGACGUUUUUUGAGCGCCGUGAUGCGAAUCCGCUAGCGCUGCACGAUGCUGCGAUACGCGGAAACAUCUUUGGGUAUCUGGGGAGUUUAAUGAAGCUGGACAAGAAAAAGAAGCGCCUUAUGAAGAAUCCGUAUCCGCUCUAUGCACUGCAGUUCGUAUUUACCUCGCUUUUCACGUUCAUAGCAUCCAUACUACCACUGUCCGGUGUCUCUUGGUCGGUCAAGUUGCACAAUAUCACUUUGGCCACUUCGUUUUGGCAAUCUCGGAGAUCUAAAGGAAGUCUUGGAUUAGUGUACAAGAUAAUGAUUGCGGACUUCAGUGACAGAUCAAUAUUGAAACCUGCAUUCUGCCUCUACGAUACUUACCAGCUUUUUCCGGGUGCUGUCGAGUACAACUGCACUCGGGAAGGAACGUUUAUAAACACAGGCAAAACCAGAAAUGGACUCUACCCGUCGCAGAUAAUAUUCAAGGCACUGCUCCCCACGAAUGAGGUUUUUGACGCUGCAGAGCACAGGGUCGUGUCUCAGUGGACUACAUAUCAACUUGGGGGCAAGACAUCUAAUUUGUUGAAAGGAAACGUGUAUGUCGCUCCCUGUUGGUUGAUACAACUCAAGGUCUUACAACUGAUUAUCCAAACAUUCCAGACGAUCAAAAGCCUCGAGUAA